AUGCAGAAGGACUCCGGCCCACUGGUGCCUUUGCGUUGGAUUGGCUUUGGCUGUGUAGCACUGGUUGCUUCCGGCGGGAUCACUGGCUAUGCAGAAGCAGGCAGUGUCCCGUCCCUGGCUGCCAGGCUCCCCUUGGGUGGAUUAGUGGGCCUGGGUGCCUAUCAACUGUCUCAGGAUCCAAGGAGCAUUUGGGUUUUCUUAGUUACAUCUGGAACCUUGGCUGGCAUUACGGGAAUGAGAUUCUACCACUCUGGAAAACGUAUGCCUGCAGCCUUAAUUGCAGGUACCAGUUUGCGGACGGUCGCCAGACUUGGAAUUAGUGCGUUGGGUUAG